AUGUUUUUUGUAUCAAGUGGAAUGAUAUUUCUUCUAAUAUUAUUAUUUCUAAACUCAGAUAACGACCUUAGAUUAUUUUUCAAUCAAUUUUUGUUAACAUCGACUAUUAUUUACGAAAAUUUUACUUGUCAAACAUGGCAAAAUUUAUCAUAUAUAAAUGUUUCAAAAUAUCAAGAAUGUCUGUUAUGGGUUCCAAACGGACGUUUUUGGGCUGUCGAAGGAGUACGUCAUACAGCGCAUAAAAAUCUAUUGAAUUCUACUUCACUUAUCAUUGAAGUUGGUGGAAAUCGUGGACAUGAUACAAUUAAAUUUAUUGAAUUAUAUAAUGCAUCAAUAAUUAGUUAUGAACCGCUGUUAUCAAUGUGGGAAGAUCUUACGAAACAAUUUAAAUCAAAUCCAAAAAUAGAAAUUCAUCCAUAUGGACUUGGUAGUCGUGCAAAAAGUUUAUUGAUUGAACCAUACGAUGUUGGUAAUGCUGGUACAAGUAUUUUUCGAACACUUUCCGCAACAAAUUCAUCAAAUAUUCAAAAGAUUCGACUUCUCGAUAUUGUUGAAGUUAUAAGACAUAUAAGAGAAACUAGAACGAAAAAUGGAAUAAUCGAUAUGAUUAGUAUAAACUGUGAAGGAUGUGAAUUUGAAAUAUUACCUGCUCUUAUACUGAAUCGUAUGAUACAAUAUUUUCGAAUCAUUCAAUUUGCUACACACACUGGUCUUUUAACAGAAUCAUCGUGUAUUUAUUGUCAGAUAGAACAAGCAUUGGAAAGAACACAUAAAAUUUUAUUUCACUAUAGUAAAUUAUGGGAAGGAUGGGUACUCAAAAGUACAACAAUAAACUAA